UAAAUUUGAUUUAUAUAUAUAUAUAAAUAAAUUGUGCCUUGAGGCAGCAGUCUUCGGUGCGGCCGCGGUUGUGGGAAGUCGACUCGACAAAAAAUCAAACGGGAUUUGGGAAAUGGCUGCUGCAAGAGGAUUGGUCCUGUCACGUCCUGUUACUUUUGUGACUGGAAAUGCCAAAAAGCUUGAAGAAGUUCGUGCCAUCUUGGGGAAUUCCAUUCCUUUCCAGUCGUUCAAAAUUGAUUUGCCCGAGUUGCAAGGAGAGCCUGAAGAUAUCUCUAAAGAGAAGGCUCGAAUGGCUGCCCUUCAGGUGAAUGGACCUGUGUUAGUUGAAGACACUUGUCUCUGCUUCAAUGCCUUGAAGGGUCUUCCAGGGCCUUACAUCAAAUGGUUUCUGCAGAAGAUUGGCCAUGAAGGUCUCAACAAUUUGCUGAUGGCAUAUGAUGAUAAAUCAGCAUUUGCCUUAUGUGUAUUUUCCUUUGCGGCAGGUCCAGAUAGUGAACCUAUCACAUUUUCUGGAAAAACUCCGGGGAAGAUUGUUCCUCCGAGAGGGCCUAAUGAUUUUGGAUGGGAUCCUAUUUUUGAACCUGAAGGCUAUGAUCAAACCUAUGCAGAAAUGCCCAAAGAAGAAAAGAACAAAAUUUCCCACCGCUCCAAAUCUCUUGCAUUGGUCAAAUCUCAUUUUGCAGAAGCUGGUUAUACUUUUCAGAUCAAUAACGUCUGAAAUAUCAUUUGGUAGAUUAUUAUACACUUCAAAGGGAUUUUCUAAUAGUACCAAUUAUGGCACUAUUUUGAUUUUUUUUGGUACAACUUCUCCCGUAGGACAAAAAUCACACACAAAAAACAGAAAAGUAUACCAAAAAAGCAAUCUUUCAAGUUUAUAGACGUUUUUUAUCCGAACAAAAUUGCUGGAAGAGAAUAAAAUAUAAAUG